AUGCCCCCAGUGCAGGGUGAAGAACGAGUGCUGACAGUUUUCGCCGACCUUCAUUAUUAUUUUACGGCCCCAAGCCCUAGACCUCUGCAUCAUCGGUUUGACAAGGGUUCAUAUCUCUACCUCUAUCACCAUGCGAGUCUGCAGAAAACACGGAUCGAGGUAGCUAAUAAUCCGGGUACGCCUGAUCAGGACUCAUUCCAUGGAGCCCUCGACAAUGUCCACAUUCGCCAUUCCACCAGGUUUCCGACGCUGUGCACAAUGACGGUGGAUGGACAAACACAGUCCCAGAGUCAGGAAUCCUUCCCCCCGCCGCCAGGUGCUAAUCGCUACGAAUGGCUACUACCGAGCGGUGACCCUCGCAAAGACAGCAGCGACCACUUGCGUCUUCAUACGCUGGAUAUCUACUUCUGGACAGUAGACGAUGCGAAUCAAUUCCUCGACUUGGUCAAGCGUUAUCUGCCCCGAUCACAGGCCGAGACUGACCGUCAUUCUUUUCCACCGCCGCCACAAAUUGCUGCCGCCAGUACGGUCGUGCAGCAGCUGGAGAAAGUCGCAAUUUCGGAUCCUGCUUAUCAGAACGGGCAGACGCGCAACUCUCAGUCUGAAGCGACCACCGCCAGCCCCGUGCCCACUUUCCAGUCGAUGACAGGACCCAGCACCCUUCCUCCUCCCCCUCCACUCAAUGGGCCUCCGUCAUCGACUGCUGUGGGGGGUCAGGCGGAGUUUACCCCUCUCCCAUACAACCCUGCUGCACCAGCUGCCCCGGAACCGAUCAGACACCGCGAGAAAACACCCCCUCCGAUAGAUGGCGCCGAGGGGACCGGACUCGCAGCCGCCGCGGCCGCCGACGACGGGGUCCCUUACGCACCUCCCUCCCAUCUCUCCGGGGAAGGGAACUUUGCGCCUCCUCCACCCCCUUCCACGCAGGGGAUUCCCUUCUCGAUGUCCGGGAGCUAUGCAUCUCCACCUCCAAGCGCUGGACUGACUCACUCGACAUCUUUCUCCUCGCGGUCCUCUAUCCAGAGCCCUGCCGGGGUCCCAUCGUACGUCCCCUCGUACCCCGCGGGCGGUUUCAAUGCAGCCCCGGUGCAAACCAUGUCCUUCGCACCACCCCCCAAGGACCCCAAUGCGCACCUCUAUGGAGCAACACAGAGCCUGUACAGUCCACCUACGCAGAUGCAGCCGACUUCGCCUCCGCCCAUCGGCGGUUACUCGAAUUUCUCAUACGAUGCGGCAUCGACGAGGCAGUCGACAAACAGUGAAUACGACAUCCACAGGCAGGUGUAUCGACCCACGGAGGCGGAGGCGACAUCACAUCAUCAGAAGUAUGCGCAACAGGCGAUGCAGAAUCCCGGACAACGGUCGCAGAAACUCGAGGAUCGGGCGUACCGGGUUGAAAGUGGGGUGAAUAGAUUCUUGAAGAAGCUCGAGAAGAGGCUGUGA